AUGCCUGUCCUCGCCGUAGGCUCUAAGCGCCUGCACUUUACAGACUACCCGGCCGCAUCCGACGCGACCAAGGGAACCAUUGUCUGCCAUCACGGCCUUGGCAGCUCCCAAAACUUCUACACGCCAAUCGUUCCCCGGCUCACUCAGGCUGGGUUUCGAGUAGUCACAUUCGACACCACUGGCGCGGGGCGCUCAAGAUAUACUCAAGUCGAGCAAACUGUCAGCUCCCUCGCAGCCGAUGUGCUGGGUCUUCUCGAUGCAUUGUCCAUCAACGACAAGGUCAUUGUGGCGGGACACUCGAUGGGCGGGAUGGUAGUCACCCACCUGGCAGCUGAGCACAAGGAGCGGAUCCAGGCUGUAGUCCUCAUCGGGCCUGUCUACCCGUCGGAAGGGGUUUCAAAAGUCUUUGAGAAACGCAUCGAGACCGUUGAAAAGGAAGGAAUGGAGGCAAUGGCAAACACAAUUCCUACGGCUGCUACGGGUGCAAAGGCGGGGCCUCUUGUCGCAGCGUUCAUCAGAGAAUUGCUCUUGGGACAGGAUAAAGCAGGGUAUUUGUCGAACUGCCGAGUCAUCGCCAACGCCACCAGGCCAAGAUAUGAGAGUGUCCAGUGCCCGGUGCUCUUGCUGGCUGGGGAGGAGGACAAGUCGGCACCGCUGGAAACGAGCAAGAAAAUGUUUGAGGAAUUUGGAACAGAAACCUCGAAGAAGCAUCUUGAGGUGUUGAGUGGCGUUGGCCAUUGGCACUGCAUUGAAGCACCAGCAGUCGUGGGCGACAAGAUCGUGGAGUUCCUCAGCUAA